AUGAUGUCACGCCGGCGGCCGCACCCACACCUUUUCGGGAAGGGGAGGGGUGAGGGAGGGGAGCGUCAUGGCGUCAAUCCCGAUGCGUGCCGGCUGACGUCAGGACGCGGAGGCCGCGCCGCGCGCAUGCGCCGGGCUCCCCUCAUCCCACUCUGGGACCGGGACUGUUUCGGGUCGGAUCUGCUCGGCGGCCGCUUUGUUCUCCCUGCCCGGGGAGGGGGCGGGCGGUCGAGCCGGCGGCUGGCGGUCUGCUCCGUAUUUUUUUUUAAACUUCACCAUUGUCUCUUUUCAGGAGCUCAAUUGAACGCACAAUUAGAAAACUGGCUCGCCCAAGCACAACCCACUGGGAGGCCAGCUCGAGCCAUCAUUGCACCUCAUGCAGGAUACACGUAUUGUGGAUCUUGUGCUGCUCAUGCUUACAAGCAAGUGGAUCCAUCAAUCACACGCAGAGUUUUUAUCUUGGGACCAUCGCACCAUGCGCCUCUUUCUCGUUGUGCUUUAUCCACUGCAGAUAUUUAUAGAACACCUUUGUAUGAUCUACGCAUCGAUCAAAAGAUUUACGGAGAGCUGUGGAAGACAGGAAUGUUUGAACGCAUGACCAUUCAGAUAGAUGAAGAUGAACAUAGUAUUGAAAUGCAUCUGCCUUACACAGCUAAAACCAUGGAGAGCCAAAAAGAUGAGUUAACCAUUGUUCCCGUUUUGGUUGGAGCCCUGAGUGAUUCCAAAGAACAGAUGUACGGGGAGCUCUUCAGUAAAUACCUAGCUGAUCCUCUAAACCUCUUUGUGAUUUCAUCAGAUUUCUGUCACUGGGGGCAGCGUUUUCGAUACACGCACUAUGAUGAGAGUCAAGGGGAGAUCUACAGAUCGAUUCAGCACUUGGAUAAAAUGGGUAUGGAUAUUAUUGAACAACUAGAUGCUGUAUCAUUUAACAACUAUUUGAAGAAAUACCACAAUACAAUCUGCGGUCGCCACCCAAUUGGGGUUCUGCUCAACGCUGUGGCAGAAUUGAGGAAGAGUGGAAUGAACAUGGCGUUUUCCUUCCUAAACUAUGCCCAAUCAAGUCAAUGCAAAAACUGGGAGGAUAGCUCCGUUAGCUAUGCCGCGGGUACUUUGAUGGUCCACUGAAUCAUCGCUACUCAGGAAAGCCACUGCAUCCUCGGUCUCCUGGUCCCAGCCUUCCCUUAAAGACAUACCUCCAUUAUUUGGAGCUAUCUAAUGUUGAACUUUUGAACUUUCUUGAGGUGUAGUCCCUCAUAGUUUUGACUGACGUGCUUUCUUUGUGUUUUCUUUAAGCUGAAGUGCGGUACUGGAUGACGUGACCUAGUGUUAAGGUGGCCAAUGGCGACGUAUAAAAGUGUAGACACUUAUUUGCUUACAGAUAGAUCUGCAGGUGUGGGUGAGAGUGUACCGUUCAUAUUCCCAUCAGUUGCAUUUAUAAUCUCAAACCAUAGUUACUCAAGAUAUAAGCUGCAGUGCAAACAGCUGCUGCCAACAUUGUAUAAGGUUUUUUUGUUUAGUUGCUAAUAAAGGGCUACACACACCAAAAUGGUCUUAUGAUUUAGAUUUCCUGCUAUCUGAUGUGUAAUCUGAAUUUUGUCACUAACUGUAGUGUUUUUAUUAUCUAUUUUUAAAAACAAUUAAAGUUUAAUUCUUUUCUUGA